GCCAGACUCUCGCAAGAUCGAUUGUCAAAGUAGAACUUGAAUUCACUCUGUAAACAUGAACUGUCUGAAGAUCUGCGGCUUUUUCUUUGCGCUGAUUGCGGCUCUGACGACGGCAGAGGCUGCCACCCAAGUCUUGAAUGCUGGCGGACACACACUGAUUCAAACGGAUCGCUCUCAGUACAUUCGCAAAAACUAAAUAGAUUAAAACCCCAACAAAAUGAUUCAACAAAUAAAAAUUAUUUAAAAAUUUAAA